CCGGGGGAGGAGAAGGUGCAAGCGAGCAGGGCCGGCGCUCAGCGCGGAGCCGCGCAUGCUCUCCUCCGUGCCCCGGGGCGGAGCGGCCCAGCUCGGAGCGGGCGUGGCUACAGCUGCCGCUGGGUGAGGGUCCGCUCGGAAAUACGCUGGCCCCGAGCCGGCUCCGCAGCUUAAGAAAUGGCGGCACAGUGUGUGACUAAGGUGGAGCUGACUAUUGCCUGCACAAAUCUUUUGGAUAAAGAUGUUGGCUCCAAGUCAGACCCGCUGUGUGUUCUUCUCCAGAAUACGAGUGGUCAGCAAUGGUAUGAGGUUGAUCGCACGGAAAGAAUUAAGAAUUCCUUGAACCCUAAAUUUUCAAAGAAAUUUCUAAUUGAUUACUAUUUUGAGAUUGUUCAGAAACUUAAAUUUGGAAUAUAUGAUAUUGAUAACAAAACCAUUGAACUGACUGAUGAUGACUUCCUAGGAGAAUUUGAAUGUACACUGGGACAAAUAGUUUCUAGCAAGACCCUAACAAAACCGCUAGUACUUAAAAAUGGCAGACCUGCUGGGAAAGGAAGUAUUACGAUUACAGCAGAAGAAGUGAAGGAUAACAGAGUUGUCUUAUUUGAAGUAGAAGCAAGAAAAUUGGACAAUAAGGAUUUUUUUGGGAAGUCAGAUCCUUAUCUGGAAUUCCACAAGCAGACUGCAGAUGGAAACUGGGUGAUGGUUCACAGAACAGAGGUUAUUAAAAACAAUUUGAAUCCUGCUUGGAGGCCCUUUAAAAUCUCUCUCAAUUCUCUGUGCUACAGUGACAUGGAUAAGCCCAUUAAGGUUGAGUGUUAUGACUAUGAUAGUGAUGGGUCUCAUGAUCUCAUAGGAAGUUUCCAAACGACAAUGUCAAAACUGAAGGAAGCAUCUCGGUCCUCACCUGUUGAAUUUGAGUGCAUCAAUGAGAAGAAAAGACAAAAGAAGAAAAACUACAAAAACUCUGGAAUUGUGAGCGUUAAGCACUGUGAGAUCAUAGUAGAAUGUACAUUCCUUGAUUACAUCAUGGGUGGGUGUCAGCUGAAUUUCACAGUGGGGAUAGAUUUCACAGGCUCCAAUGGAGAUCCGCGCUCUCCAGACUCCCUUCAUUACCUCAGCCCUGAUGGAGUUAAUGAAUACCUAACAGCCAUUUGGUCUGUAGGGAUGGUCAUUCAAGAUUAUGAUACAGAUAAGAUGUUUCCAGUCUUUGGAUUUGGUGCACAGAUUCCUCCUUCCUAUCAGGUGUCACAUGAGUUCCCUAUAAAUUUUAACCCAUCAAACCCAUUCUGUAAUGGAAUCCAGGGCAUUGUUGAUGCAUAUCGUGCUUGUCUUCCUCAAGUGAGGUUAUAUGGGCCAACCAAUUUUUCUCCAAUUAUAAAUCAUGUGGCAAGAUUUGCUGCUGCAGCCACACAGCAGCAAACAGCAUCUCAAUACUUUAUUCUUCUCAUCAUAACGGACGGUGUGAUAACAGACCUUGAUCAAACUCGAACUGCCAUAGUUAAUGCUUCAAAAUUGCCCAUGUCCAUUAUUAUUGUUGGUGUUGGAGGAGCAGACUUCGAUGCUAUGGAGUUUCUUGAUGGUGACAAUGGAGUUCUUAGGUCUUCAUCAGGAGAACCAGCUAUCAGAGACAUUGUCCAGUUUGUGCCAUUUAGGAAGUUCCAUAAUUCUCCAAAAGAAGCUUUGGCACAGUGUGUCCUGGCAGAAGUCCCUCAGCAAGUGGUGAACUACUUCAGCACCUACAAAUUGCAACCUCCUAAGAAUCCUGCUGCAAAGUGAGUGGGCUGAGUGGGGAAGCUGAGUCUUCAUACCUUCUUUACUUGGUGUACCUAUGGACCUGAGAGUUUCUUAAGAUUCUUCUAUAUAUGUACAUAUGCGCACCUCUGUGGUAAUGUGUGUUAGCUUUUUCCUGCAAAACAGUUUGCCAAAGAGUGUCUUCUGAGGGCCAAAAUUGCAAUUGUUUUAGUAUUCGAUGUAUGCUUAUGUGAUGGAUCUUACAUGGAUGUGUUUUAUUUUGAAAAGUAGUAGAGGGCGGAGAAAGAAAAGAUUGGCUAUGCAGAGAGAAGGAGGAGAUAGAUAUAGAGCAGAAUGGCUGCCCAUUUGAUAAAUAUGACCAGUGAGAGUGAUCAGUUAUUUUCUUGAGUGGGGAUCAACACCAAGUGCUGCAGUUUCUCAGUGAUUGCACAAUCAAUCUGAUGUGAAAAAGAGGGCAUAUCUUCAAGCAGGUAAGUUUGUACAUGCUACAACAAAUCUGGAAUACUUCAGGCUUCUGUGUCUACUAAAGCACCGUAAGAAAACUUUGUUACAGUAGUGAUAUAGUCACAUGAGUGCCAGAACAAAGUGUAUAAGUCCUGUUUGCAUACAUACUUCACAUUUACUACUUUAGUGCCUUUGACCAGUGCCUUAGAUCUAAGAAUGUGUGAAUACUGGCAAAAUCUCUAAGAAUCUCAUAAAAAUACAGUGUUUGAGUGAGAAUUUCACAAAAAAAAAAACAAAACAACCAGGAAGUUCAGGUGUUUUUCUCUCUUUCCUUUCAGUGGGGAAAGUCAUAUACCUGUUGGUCUUUAAAGUGAAGUUAACAUUUUAACUGAAAAAUUUUGUUUAAUGACUACAUGUUAUCAUUCAAAGCUGGUUCUUGAAAGCGUAAUCUACUUGAUAUUGAUUUUUGUUGUAUUUUGAAUCACGUGUUUUUCUGAUGAGCUCUCAAGAGCUGGUGAAAAGUGCCUGCAGAAAACAAUCUUUCCUCUUCCACCCCCAGGAGGAAGUUCUAAGAAAGUAUCUUUUGAAUUUUGGAUGGUCUAGUUGUAGCAUGUUACAACAAAAUGAGCUAAAACCGAAUUUAACCUUCUUGGGCACCCAAGAUGGCACCAGGUUAUAGUGUAUGCGGGUUUUCUGUCUGCUGGAGUUGCACUGUUCUUUUGCCACAUAUGCGUAAUUCUGCCAAAGAUCUGAAUUCAUGUUAAUGUAUUAACGUUCAUGGAUGAAUAUUGAGAUUGCUUUACACAUCCUUAAGUUGGUCCAAAGAUUCUGUAGGCAGCUGACUAGUUAACAGUCAUGAAGUAAUAUGAUAUUUUUCUCCAUUCUAUUUUUCUUGGUGGAAGAGGGACCUAAAUUGUUUUAGGACUGAGAUAUAAAAAAUAUAUAUAUUUUAUUUUGUAUUAAGUCAAGCACUCUUUAAAAAUAUAUAUACAUAUGAAUAGUAAAUAUAUAUAUAUAAAAAUUCAUAUUUUGUUCAUAUAAAAAUAUAUGGAGUAAUUUACUUGUAAGUGAUGUGCAAAUGCAUCAGUAUUUCAAACAUAAAAUCUAAUAAACUCAUACUUGAUUUGCAACAGACAAUAUUGAUAUCAAGGAAGUCGUUAUGAACCUAAAUCACACCGCUUUAAAUUGAUGAAGUAUGAUUUUGCACCAGUGUGCUUUCACAGUCAUGUGCUCCAUGCAGACAGAGAGCAAAUGAGAUGGGAUAUCAGUGCUUUGUCUAGAUUCACUGAAGUGGAUGUGUACUGCUGAUUGGAAUCCAAAAAUUCCCUUUGAGCUUUCUGCCAAAAAUGAUGCUGCAUCUCAGUUAUGUUACAGUUCUUCUUGUGUUGCUGUGGAACUGCAUUUAAAUGCAUUAACAUAUGUUAAUAAGCAUAACUGUAGUAAUCAUCUGCUGUGUAUGAAAUAUAACUUAAUCCUGUAUUCAUUGAGCUUAGGAAAUUAAAUAGCAUAUCAAUAAUGCCUCAUCUCAAGGUGCCCUAUCCUUAGUAAAAUAAAUAUGCUUCAGACCUGACAGUGGCUAGAGCCAUUUUCCAAGUAUACUCCUCUUCGGGGCAUACAGCUAAUGGCACGUUGAAAAACUUGGAAAUUUUUGUGCUAGGCUGAAGCAGUAUUUGGAGCUGAGGUAAGCACCAAAUUGGAUCAAGAGGAAGGGGAAUUUUCUCAUUUGCCAUUUUUUUUCAAUUUUUUUUUUUUAUUGUUUUUGUUUGUAUUUUUACAUGUGACAAAUGCCAUAUUAGUUUGAGAGUAACAAGCAAAAUAUUGUCAAGUUCUGGAAAGUGUAAGCACUUGUAGAUCACUUGCACCACCUUGUGAUAAAAAUAAUGUAUAGCAGUCUUUGUAAUCAAGAGCUUUUUGAUGUUUAACAUGUUAAUAUAUACAUAUGUACGGCAGAGAAAUAACCUGUGACCAGCGUUGUUGUGAGUUGUUUUUUUUUUUUUUUUGCUGUUUUUUAAAGUGCUUUCCAUAUGUAUUUCAGUUCUGAAGCUAACUGGUUUACAAUGCUAUACAUUAAAAUCGCCAUUUCAGUA